GUUUCCUUCCUCUCAUUUCCCUUCUGGGCUCUUUCUCAUCAUCAAGUGACUUGCACAUAUGCAACUUUUGCGCGUGCAACUGCUGAGCCUGGGAUGGGGGAGGGUGGCAGGCUGAUGCAGCUUGCAACUUCUACAAUAGUCCAUGUGACGGCUGUUUCCGUUAGUUCCUUCCGCAAGUUCUAAAUUAAUCUGAUGUUAAGAGAGAGCAAACAGCUCAUCUUAUUUAACUGAUUGAUUUCAGAUAUACUGAAAGACCCAAAGACAGGUGCUGAUGCAGAAUGACUUUCCUAAAGCUGAGCACUUUACUCCACGCGGAGGUGGGCUGUUGAAAUGGCAUUGAUAGUUCUGAACAUCUUCUUGUGUGUAGCUUUCCUAGACACAGGAUGGGAAAUCAAACCUCCAGCCUAUCAUCGUCUCUGCAAACUGGAAGAGAGAUCAGUGAAUUGCAAUGGGAAGAGUCUAAGCUCCAUCUUAGAAGAUCUGCCUCCUGGAACAGAGAAACUCUUCCUUGAUAGUAAUCACAUAGAGAUGCUAAAGAAUGAAUCUUUAGUGCAGUAUCAAAACCUGCAAAGUCUCAGCCUGUGUGACAAUGGGCUGGAGAUAAUUGAAGCAGGGGCCUUCCUUGGGACUAGGAGUCUUAGUCAUCUAUCUUUGACCAACAAUGUCCUUGCCAUGAACUAUUCUGUGACAGCAGCAGCUCUAAGGACUUUGUCUGCUCUUAGGAAGCUGGACCUCUCUGGAAACCUGCUCACUGAGGAUAUGGUGGAUACUAUGAUCCAGCACUUGCCAUCACUAGAAUCUUUGUCUCUAGCUGGGAAUGCCAUCAUGAGACUGGAUGACAGACAUUUCCAGAACCUGCCUAACCUGUGGCACCUGGAUUUACAGCAGAACUACAUUUUUGAGAUCGAGGCGGGUGCUUUUGAAGGGUUGCGAGGGCUGCAGCAGCUUAAUCUGGCCUACAACUAUAUCCCGUGCAUUGUGGGAUUUGACUUGAUCCAACUCCAGAUUUUAAAUGUCAGCAACAAUCACCUUGAGUGGUUCUUUGCUGCUGAGAAUGAUGCUGCCUUUGAACUAGAAACACUAGAUCUUUCCUACAACCAGCUCCUAUUCUUCCCAUUCUUACCAAGGCUAAAUAAACUGAAAACUUUGCUGCUAACACACAACAAAAUGAACUUCUAUGAAAAUCUUUAUAAUCGUUCUGAGAACUCAGUCCAACUGCUGUUUCUGGAUGGCAAUGUCACCAACAUCACCACCCAUGAACUUUGGGAGGAAAAAAGGCAUGGCAACCUCUCUUCUCUGACUUUUCUGGACAUUAGCUGGAACCAGUUCUGGUAUAUUCCAGACUGGUUUUUUGAAGGGAUGGUUUUGCUUGCACACAUUAACCUCAGCCACAACUGCUUAAAGACACUGAACCUGUGGGAGAAGGAAGGGAUGAAGAAUCUUAUUGACUUGGAUCUUAGCUAUAACCAGCUUUCAGAUCUACAGAUGAACUUGGAUCAAAGAGGUAGCUUAACCUGCCUUAGGAGUCUUAAUCUACGCAGUAAUAGAUUGCAUGGAUUGCCUACUAAAAUGUUUACCCACACAACAAAGAUCACUACAAUUGACCUCAGUAAUAACCCAAUAGAGAUUUGUAAUUCACAUGAUGCUGGAAAUCCCAACUGUGUAAAUAUUAGUAAUAUGCGCUCUUUGAGAAAUCUCUUCUUGGCUGGGUGUGAGUUGAGGGAACUGGUCAGGCAUGCCUUUAAGGGGACCUCCCUAGUACACUUAGAUCUAUCAAGCAAUCCCAAGGUGCUCCACAAUGGCUUAGGACCUCUGGAAGAUAUUGCAAAGUUCCUGCAGAUACUCUCUCUCCGGAAGACUGGCCUCUUUGCUCCAAGUGCAAAAAUAGAUUUUUCUGCUUUUCAGAAUUUGGUAGACUUGGAUCUAUCUGAAAACUCUCUUGACAUAUUUCCUGAAUCUUUAUCAGGUUUAAAGCUACACACUCUGGACCUUAGGCAAAAUCGUCUCCGUUUCCUACCUCAGCAUGCCAUGGAAAAGCAACUUGGGAAGAGUUUGCGUGUGAUCUACCUCAGCCAGAAUCUCUAUGACUGCUGCAAACUAGGGUGGAGGGAUACUCUCCACAGACUUGGACAUGUACACAUUGCAGACAUGAGUGAAGUUACUUGUAACUACUCCUCCAGGUUCUUCAGUGCAGUAAAUCUACCCGAAUCUGUUAUCCAAAACUGCAAGUGGCUAACGGCAGAUAUGGCUUUAGUAUAUCUGGUGCUAACUCUGCCUACCUUUUUGGCUCUACUGGUUGCCUUUGGCAUCAUCUUUCUUACUUUCAGAGAAAGACUUCUUCAAAUGGUAAAACGCAGGUAUAGAAGAUCUAGUUCAUAUUGAGCUGGCAAGAAGAAAUAAGAUAUUGAGCCUCAUGAACAGGUUUAACAGGAUGGGGGAAAGUACAAUAACUUGUUGGUGUUGCAGCCACAAAUGUGAUUCCAAAAUGUCACAAUAAUGUGACAAUAAGAAGCUGUCCAACUAGCAUAGAGAAUUAUCCUAAUGUAAUUGGAAAAGAUGAUGGUUAAUAAAAAUUAUGUGCAGAAGGAUGCUAGACAGUUGAUCCAGAUUAGGAAGAAAAGUCCACUCCUGGCAUGAAAGACAAAUGUGAAAAACUUAUUCCGAGAAUUCUUGUUCAAAAACAUGGAAUUCUUAAGCAAGCAAAUGCUGUUUUCUUCUUUUAAGGCUCAUUUCCCUUCCUCCAUAUCAAUAUGGUUUAAGCACUAAAUGGAAACAUUAAAAAGACAAUAGAAGUGGGAGGGUGGGCUUCUCUGAUUUUUCUGGGUUGCACAUAUUUUCAGUUGCUCACAUUUGAGGGGUGUCACCGUGUCAUUAGUUACUGCAUGGAUUUCUAACUUGAUAAGAUGAAGGAACAGUCAGAGUAUACUUUGUGUAUUUAAAAUAGGGAAUAAUGCAAUAUGGAGACACCAAAGGACAUGCAUAUUGGAAUAGGUUGCAAAGCUAAACGUAAAUGUUCAGGCUGAGUCAGAUAUGAAGGUGGCAACAUGAGCAUUCAGCAUUUUCAGGAUUGCACAGAAAGUAACAGGUGGAGAUGGGAGCAAAAUCUGGGCUCUACUCUUGCCUUAUUAUGUUGGACUUAAUUGAUUUCAAACAGAGCUAUGGUGUCUCUAAGUGUAAUAAAUUUACUUUAGUAUAA